AUUGAUGUAAGCAGACAAAAAAUAGGGUUGGUGUUUGUUUUGCCUUAUAUGAUUGAGUAUUGUGUUUUUCGAUUACAAGUUUGUUUUUUUUGUAAAAUAAAAGAGAAAAAAAGUUUAUUCUUUAUUUUAAUUUUUUUUCUUUUCGGUUCAAUGAUUGGUUGGUUACACCCUCCCUGUGUAUACAUACAAAUAUAUAAAUAUUUGACUUUUUACAGAGCAAAACAUUCAACAAAUUGACAUUGUGAUUUUCUAUUGUCGUGGAAGUGACCAUCUCUCUCUCUCUCUGUAUAUAUAUAUUUACAUACUUGUACAAGUACAUUUUACUCUAAGUAGUAUAUCGAGUAUACAGCUACUGCAUCUUCUUGUACUGGUUUGCCUUUCGGUUUUCAUUACUUGAUAAUUGAAUUUCGAUUACUUACUUACUCACUUAAUUUAUAAUGAAAGAAAUUGUCGCCAUGAUUAAAGAUGCUGACAUGAAUCGUAUGAUGCAAGAGGAUGCAGUGUACAUAGCGGCGAAUGCAAUUGAUGAGCAUAAUACAGAACAAGAGAUAGCCAGAUCAAUUAAAACACAAUUCGAUCAUCGACAUGAACCAUAUUGGCAUUGUAUAGUUGGUGGAACAUUUUCUAGUUUUGUAUCACAUGAAGCAAAUAAAUUUAUAUAUUUCUUUCUUGGAAAUCAUUCUAUACUUUUGUAUAAAUCAUUAUAGUUGUAAUAUAAUAAAUAAUCAGGUCCUCAGAAUCAAUGUUUCAAUGCUUCUUCUUAUCAGUAAUAAUCAUGUAAUGUAUAUUGCAUAACUUGUACAUUUCAAAUUUACCAAGUGAAUCGACGAGAACUAGUUCUUUUUGUGUAUUUGUGCCUUGAUUUUGUAUUACUUGUCAAUGAAUUCUUUGUACAUGAAUAAAAUAUUACUGCUUUUUCUAA